CGGUAGGUUUGUCUUCUUGCUCUGCUCCUCUGCAGCAGACGCGCCGGAGCUGGAUGUGCGGACACUUGCUGCUGCUGCUGCUGCUGCUGCUGCUGCGCUUCUCUUAAUGAUCCGGAGGAGCAGGAGAAGUGAGGAGAAGGAGAAUCACUGGGAGGCACAUGGCUCGAUGACAUGAUGUUCCUGCCCUUCUCCCCUCCCCCCUCCACCUCUCUCUUCCCCAUUUUCCUUCUACUCCUCCUUUUCCUCCCUCCAUCCUUCGUCUCCUCUUCUCUCUCACACACCCCAUUGAGCUGGACUUCGCCUCACGACCCCUGCUACUACCUAGACGGCCGCCCGCGGCACUGCCUGUCAGAGUUCAUCAAUGCUGCCUAUGGCGUCCCGGCCAAUGCCAGCCACUCGCUACAAGGCUCCGAUUAUGACAGCAACAUCACCACCCUGACGGACCUCCACAACCCCCACAACCUCACCUGCUGGAUGGCUCGUGGAGGUGCGGACGCCGGAGACUGGAUCAUCACGCUACCUCUGGGCCGCCGCUUUGAGAUCACAUACAUAAGUUUGCAGUUUUGCCAACAGGGGGAGCCGUCUGACCCCAUUUCGAUCUCCAUCCUCAAGUCAAUGGACUAUGGGCGCACCUGGAGGCCGAUGCAGCACUACUCCAGCGACUGCUUGGGAAACUUUGGGAUGCCCUCGCAGACGGUGGCUCAGACAAGACACCAAGAGACAGAGCCGCUCUGCUCAGACCCUCGACCCCUGCAGAAGCAGAGAGGCGGCAUGGUGUUGGCAUUCUCCACCCUGGAUGGACGGCCAUCCUCGCCUGAUUUUGACUACAGCCACACCCUACAAGACUGGGUGACGGCCACGGAUAUCCGUGUGGUCUUCCACCAUGUGUCCAAAGACGUUAAAGUGGGUACACCAGAUAAGAAAGAGGAGGUGCGAUGGCGUGACAGUGCAGAGGAAGACAGAGGGACUGGGCUUCUGAGGUGGAGAUUGGGCUCUAAGGGUCGCACCGGAGGUCAGGACAAGUUAAACACAGAAAACACACUGGCAUUUUUUGAGAGGGAGAUUAAAAACUCAGACAUAAGGGAGAGGCACAAAGUGGACAAACAUGUACGGAAGGGACAUUAUAAAGGGUCAGAUCAAGACGAAGAUGGACACAAUGUGACCAGCAAGGAAGGAGGGGACAGUUUUAGCACGCUCACUUCCUCAAAGAAAGGUGGGAGAGCCAGAGGGCGUGGCCGCAAGAAGGAAAACAACCACUGGCUGCCUUGCCCCGUUGGAGGUUGUAAUUGGACGGUUGAGGGGCGGAGCAGGAACAACAAGGGGCGGGAACUGAGGAAGAGGAGGAACAAUAAUCUCAAUGCGAAACAAAGCUCCAGGAAUCUGCAGGCGGCCCCACCCUCUGCCCUCCGAGCUGCCCUGGCUCUCUCAGACAUACAAGUUGGCGGCAGGUGUAAAUGUAACGGACACGCUUCCAAGUGUCGCCGUGACGACACAGGCCAGGCUGUGUGUGUGUGCGAGCAUCACACAGCAGGGCCAGACUGUGAUGUGUGCGAGGAUUUCUUCUGUGAUAGGCCGUGGCAUCGAGCUACACCCACGCACCCAAACCCUUGUGUUGCCUGUGAGUGUAACGGCCACUCCAACAAGUGUCGCUUCAGCAUGGAGGUGUUUCAGCAGUCGGGCCGGCGCAGCGGAGGUGUGUGUCAGAAGUGUCGCCACCACACGGCCGGACGCCACUGCCAGUACUGCCAGAACGGGUACACCCGCGACCACAGCAAGCCGUUGAACCACCGCAAGGCCUGCCAACCAUGUCAGUGCCAUCCUUUGGGAGCAGUGGGUCGCUGGUGUAACCAGACAUCAGGUCAGUGUCUGUGUCGUGAAGGGGUGACCGGCCUCAGGUGUAACCGCUGUGCCCCGGGAUACAAACAGGGCAAGUCCCCUCUGCGGCCCUGCAUACGAAUUCAAGAGGUCGCUCCGACCCCAGUUUACCAACCUCAGUACAGCAUAGCGGAGGAGUGUGUUUCAUACUGCCAGCCCUCUCAGGUUAAAGUCAGGAUGAACUUGGAGACCUAUUGUCUCAAGGACUUCGUGCUGAAGGUGCAGGUGAGAGGGAUGGAGCGUUCAGGUCCCUGGUGGCAGUUCUCCAUCUCCGUCCAGACCGUCUUCCGCACGGCGUCCACCUCCCGCGUCCGCAGGGGCCCCCAGUCCCUCUGGGUCCCCGACCGGGACCUCAGCUGCGGCUGCCCCGCCCUCCACGUGGGCCGGACCUUCCUCCUGAUCGGUGCGGAGGAGGGGGAGCGGGGCUGGGGCCCUGAGGAGAGUCGGCUGGUGGCGGACCGCUCCACUCUGGCCCUCCAGUGGCGGGAACACUGGAGCCCCAAACUGAGGGGCUUCCGGGGGCAGGACAAGAGGGGCCGCUGCCCGGCGAAAUCCCCCAACAGCCACCAGCACCACCAUCACAGGGAGCACACAAAGCCCCAGUCUGGGUACAUCCCCCCUCACCUGCGGACUGAGACGCACACGGAGCCUCACAGUGAGGACACAGUGGAGGACACUCAAACGUCAGUGAUGCCGCACACACACUCUCACACAGACAGUGAGGUCACACCCACAGAGGCGACCCCCUCGCCUGCUACACCCGCUCUGGUGUGCUCCACUCCAGGUCCUGGAUGAACGACAGAAACCACAUGCCUCUGCAGAGGUGCAAGAACUACAAGCAGAGGAAAAAGCUCUUUCUUUUCAGACUCUUCAUUUUCAGUUUUUCCUGAACGUUACAGGAGAAUCAGACGUGACUUUGCUUCCCCAGAAACACACAAACACAUAAAUAUGGAAGCCCGUUUCUGCCAAUGUGAUUAUUAAAGUAAGAUCCCGCAAGUCAUGAUGAGAAACUUUCCCAAAGUCACGAGAUAGUGUGAGAUAGUGAGAAUAUUUUUCAGACACUUACUCGUCAUUUUGAGGAAGUUUCACAUUAUUUUUUUAAAAAAGCUUUGGUGAGAGGAGCCAUCUUGCUGUGUGCCGACAAUGCUAACCACUGUACCACCAUGCCACCCAUCAUCAUACUAACUAAAAUUUUCUUGUGUCUCAAAUCACAUACUUCCGUUAGUACACUUCCAUGUAGUAUACUAUGUGCAUUAUGUACUUACUGCCGUAGUGCGCAAAUUUUUCGACAGGGUAGUGUUGUCUCAAACCAAAUACGGCCGUUGUGCACUCACCGGAGAUGAUGACCGCAAAUUAGCUAGUUAGCAAACUAGCAUUAGCAGUCGCGGUACCAAAUCAUUACAGACUGCUAAAUGAACCCAAUAAACAUACUGCUGGCUUAUACCUGACAACAGUAUAGUGGUGCUUAGAGCAGAAAACCAGACGAUCACGGUCGCACAGUCCUCGGCCGCCAUUUCCAGUUUGAAAAGUGGCCCCUCCCCUUCCGCUACGUAGCCAAGAUGGCGACCACUGAGGGCGAGAAGUGUCCAUAGUUCCACACUCAACUUCUUGACCGUUUUGAGUGCACCACUCAUAGUGCACUGCAUUUUUCCAUACUUCUCAGUGUGAACGCACUUAUGCACUCAAAAUAUUAAGUGUAAGUACAGAAGAUUUGAGACACAGCAUAAGAUAUUUGGGAAACUGUAAAAACACAACGGUGCAGCAGUGAUGACUUGAGUCUGUCGCAACACUUUCACAGUCUGCAGUUCAUCUCAUUUCCACUGGGUGUCCUCACCUUGCAGGCUCACAAAAGGUGUGUCUGUGACACAUGUGUUAAUAGAAUGCAUCAUACCUAGCAUCGGGGCCAACCACACCAAGGUAAAAGUUUCUGUCUCUUCCUUGCUCAGAGUUGCUCUGAGAACGUUCCUAAUCACUCCUAAGCUAAGGACUCCUUAGUGAAUGUUUUUAGCCUGCAUUCGGAGCUCAGGAGUCAUUAUUUUGAAGAAAGUUUUUCCAAGAUCUGCUGUGAGGGUCCGGGGACAGAGGGAUGUUGUGUGCUGUAAAUCCCUCUGAGACAAAAAGUGAUUGUGAUAUUGGGUUUUAUAAAUCAAAUUUAACUGAUUUAAAUCACGCUGGCAGAAAUUAGCUUCCAUACAUACACACCUGUUAUGUGAUGUUCAAAUGCUUUUCUAAAAGUUUCCUCAUGUACAGCUGCUGUUUUUUUGUUUGUUUUUUUAAAGGUGAAGGUCAACUUCCUGCAGCAAAUAAUUGAAAAAUAUAUAUUAAAAAUCCACCAACAAAAUUGGUGCUAUGUGAAAUAUUAACUGUAAGAAUUUAAAUAUUUUCUACGAAAAGAAUCUCUGACAAUUAAAGUCUGACUAAACUCUGACUGAAAUGCCACGCAGUAUUUUUGUCAAAGUUUUUUGUAAAGAUUGUUUGAAUCAUAUUUAUUCUUGGUUCACGUUAUGUAGCCACAUACAAACAAGAAAAACUGAAUAAAUAAAUAAAUAAAUAAAUAAAUAACAUAAGGUACAGAAUGUGCAUUGAAGCUUAUUGAGAAAUGUUUCCUUUUAUAAAUAAAGAAAAUAAAAGAGUG